AUGUCAUCCCGUGGGAAAGGUCCGCACGCCGAAGGGGGCGCGAACGGUCUCCCCGCAGUCUCGCCACACGAGUCGUCGAGCUCCGCCACGUUCAAUGCGCCAAUCGAUACCAAGGCCGAGGGUAGGUUGGUCAUGAAGCUCGACUUGAUCAUAUUUCCUGUCUUCUUCACCAUUUACUUGAUGGCAUUUUUGGACCGCAUCAACAUCAGCAAUGCCUCGAUCCAGGGACUGACUCAGGAGCUACACCUCGACGAGGGCAGCCGCUUCAAUGUCGCUCUUUUCGCCUACUACGCGUCGUACAUCCUCCUCGAGGUACCCUCCAACAUGAUCAUCAAGAAGGUCCGGCCCUCGCUCUACAUUUCAUCGUUGAUGUUUUCCUGGGGCAUCAUCAACAUGUGCAUGGGCUUUGUCCACUCAUACGCCGCCCUCGUCGCACUGCGCGUCCUCCUCGGCGUCUUCGAGGCUGGCGUCUUGCCGGGCAUUGUUUACGUCACCUCCAUGUACUACAAGCGCCACGAGUACCAGAAACGCAUGUCUUUCUUUUUCUGCAGCACGGUAGUUGCGGGCGCCUUUGGUGGCUUGCUCGCCUACGCGAUUGCCAACCUCGGCACCCCACAGAUGGCCGCAUGGCGAUGGAUCUUCAUCAUCGAGGGCGCCAUCACGUCGUUCCUCGCUAUCAUCGCCUCCUUUCUCAUCAUCGACUGGCCGGAGCAGACGCGCUACCUUAACGCCGAGGAGAAGGAGCUCCUCCGCAAGCGCAUGGCCUCCGACGUGGGUGACGUGUGCCGCAUGGACACGCUCAACAGGUUCGCCUUCAACCGUAUCGUCCGCGACUACAAGAUCUGGCUCGCCGCCUUCAUGUACAUGGGCGUAUCAGUUGCCGGCCUGUCGGGCACAUUCUUCCUGCCUACAAUUCUACUCGAGUUUCAGUGGGAGGCCCAAGAAGCGCAGGUCCGCACCAUCCCCGUCUACGUCUUCGCCGGUGGCAUGAUGAUCAUCGGCGCGUGGGCCUCGGACCGCCUUAAGCACCGCUUCAGCUUCAUUCUCGGCGGCGCCUCUCUGUCCACCAUCGGCUACGCCAUGCUCCUGGCCCAGGAGGGAAAGUCGCGCAACUACAAGUUCGCUGGCGUCUUCCUCGUCUUUGGCGGCGCCUACAUGAUCACACCGAUGUGCCUUGCCUGGCUGCAGAACAACCUCUCGGGCCACUGGAAGCGCUCGUUCGGCGCCUCGGCGCAGGUCAUGAUCGGGAACAUUGCCGGCAUCAUCGGCGCUUUCAUCUUCAUCAAGACGGAGGCGCCGACUUACAAGACCGGCUACGGCGUCGCCCUCGGCAUGAUGUGGUUGGGUGCCCUUUGCGCCACCGCCAUGGCCGGUCUCAUGUGGAGGGAGAAUCGCAAGAGGGAGCGUGGCGAGCGGGACGACAGGCUCGCUUUAGCUAAGGAAGACGUGACCAACAUGGGCGAUUGGCACCCCAGCUUUAGAUUUACUCUGUAGAGAACUCUUUUAUGCUCUUAGCGGGAAGGGCUGUACUGCAAGUCCACCCCGCGCCGAAAUGGAUACAGAGGUCACAAGAUAUAGACAAGCGAGCCGUCUAGACGUUCCUGCUGUAUGCCUAGUACCUAGGACGGCCCCUAAUCUGUCGCAAUCGGUGUAGUUGAGAUGAUAUGGUACCGCAAU